GCAGAAUUGAAGGGUUCCGACAGCCCGAGAGACCCUUCAUCAUAUGCCCGAAAACAAGCGCCAGGGCGUGGGAAUAAAAUCACCAUCACCCAAACCAACUGGCAGUGCUGCUGCCCAGGGAAUGGCGGGUACAAUGGUGCCUCUGGAAGCCGCAUUGAGCGGUGCAAUCGGUGCACGCGUCCGCAUCACUACGAACCCAGUCGUGUCUACCAUCGAGGGCACACUCUUUACGGCCUGCCCAAUUACAAACCUUGUCGCUCUUAAUAUCGCCGAUUCUAAGGCACAGGCUGGGGAUUAUCGCAUUAUCCCUAUCGCCCGGAUACAAUCCUUCCAGAUUCUCUCUCUCGCCUCCGGCGAACCAACAUCCUUCUCCGAUGCCGUCCCCUCACUGCAUGCGCUUGAUAUCCGUGCCUUGAAGGCUCGCGAGGCAAACGCCGUCGCCAAGUUACAGGAAGGCGAAGCGAAACGCGGUAAGGGAGUCACGCGAGAAGCCCAGGAUAUUUUCGAUGCAUUCAGCCGCACCAUGCCUGCAAGGUGGGAUGGGGCGAAUAUCAUCGUAGCAGAUGCUGUUGCCAUUGCCCCUCCGUACCGUGUUGAUGACUGCCGGGCAUUGGUGGCAGGUGACACAGCGGCCCUCACCCGUGUACGCAAGGUGCUUGAAAUGGAACGCAAAAAGAUCGAGCUACGUAAUGCCAGCGCCACAAUUGGAACGGCAAAUACCUUUGCUGCUCGCUCCGCGAACAUGUCGACGAAGAGCGCAUCCACCAACCCUAGUCCGACUCCCGGGCCUGGAACAGCCGGGCCUCGCAAAGGCGGUUGAAAGCACCGCUCCUGAGCUUCCCCGUUGCCAUCUCGGGCCACCUAACCUGUUCCAUGGGCGAGGGAAGCAAACGGUGACGGGAGCAGCGCGCUCCGCAUUGAGCCUUGGGACCGAGCACGCUCCGAUAAACGCCGAACUGAACUACAGGUACUAGCACAGUCCAGGAGGUAGGCUGCGCUAGUGAAAUAGUUAGGAAAUUCAAACAAUCACACAAUCGAUCAAACCACUAUGAGUGGGUGGGGAGGGGGCUGCUGGGUGGGAUCAACUAAAUAAAUCCAGGGACGAUCUGAUAGCAUAGGCAAGCACUCUCAAGCCGAGUCUCAGACUCGGUAUCCGAUGAUCGAUGCCGUCGGGAGAGGCGCCUGCAGUUAGGCUUCAGGUUUUCUGUACUAGACUUAUCUAGAACAAUCGCAAUGAAUGAUGACCAUGUAUCUCUA